GUAGGCCCGACCGUGCCUCUCAGCCGCUGCAUCCUGCACCUAUUCCUUUCUACAUACAUACUUCAGGCUCCAGGGACUUUACCGCGCAGACCAGGACCGCCGUCUGCCAGGGAGGGACCACAGCCCCGCUGGCUGGCUGCUAAUCUGCCCGUUUACCCAUGUCUUUCUCGCUGCCCACGCCCUGGGCUUGCACGUUUGAUGCCAACCAUCUCAAGUGUGAUACCUUACCUUACAGGCUUACGCAACGUACUCCGCAACUUGCUCCCGUCAUUUGCAGGCUCCGGGCUGGGUACCAUGGGUGCCUUGGCCGCCGGCCUCUUCUCUACCUUAGGCCCCGCCGGCACGCAUGGUCGGAUCGGGCACCCAUAA